UGGCGGGAAAUCGCGUGAAGUUGUGAGACUUCCCGUGUUUAGCUUGGCGGUUCCUGUGUUAUUGCUCCUCUAUUGUUUUGGUUUUUUUCUUUGUCAAUUAGUCUGCUGUUUAAUUAAUAUGCCUCCUAAGAAGCGAGCCAACAACGCCGAUUCAAAUGGGAGUACUAAAAAACGCAAAGAAAACCAAGAUGACACUGAAUCUGUAUCAAAUGUAACUGCAUCUACUGAAGAACAAAAAGAAUCGGAGGGCGCCGAAGCUGACAAUGACAGCGGCGUAUCCUACAAAAUUGAGGCCCCAAUGCUUUAUGGUGAAUUAUUGUUUUGCGGCGCAACUAAUUGGGAUCUUGUUGGAAGAAAGGCACUACCUAAAGGCAUGAAAAAUCUAGGUGGUCCUAACUUAUGGAGUCCAAAUAGAAUUUCGACAUUGAAAGGUAUAAAAAUAAGAACAGUUGUAUCAGGAUGUACAGCAGCUCAUUGUGUGGCUAUAACAAAUGAGGGCAAAGUUUAUGUUUGGGGUCGUAAUGAGAAGGGACAACUUGGUCUUGGUAAUGUUGAAAGAUAUGAUGUUCCUCAGCUAGUUACAGCAUUUGAGGGGAAAAAUAUUGUUGAUGCUGCAUGUGGCCGCAAGCACACCUUAUUUUUAACAGAAAAUGGAAAAGUGUAUGCUUGUGGAGAAAAUAAAAUGGGCCAGCUUGGCCUUGGCAAUCAAAGUGAACAAGUACUUACACCGACACUCAUCAGGUAUAAAGGUCCCCCGAUACGCAGAGUGUCAUGCGGUGGAGAGUUCAGCGUUAUCUCAGACAUCAAUGGCAAUGUUUACAGUUUUGGCUGCCCAGAAUAUGGACAGUUGGGUCACAACACAGAUGGCAAAUAUUUUGUUAAAAGCAACAAGAUUGAAUUUCAGUGUGAAAAUACGCCCAGGGUGAUCACAGUGUUUGUGGAGAAACAGAGGGAUGGUCAAGUGUCCCCAGUCACUGAUGUCGAUGUCAGGGAGAUUGCUUGUGGAGCCAAUCAUGUGUUAAUCUCAGACAGCAGGAAAAGAGUGUUUUCCUGGGGAUUUGGUGGCUAUGGCAGACUUGGGCACAGUGAACCUAAAGAUGAACUGGUCCCCAGGUUAUUAAAAUUCUUUGAAGGCCCUAACAGAGGAGCACUAAUGAUAGCUGCUGGAUCUACCUACUCCUUGGCUGUUAGUGAACAUGGUGCUCUUUACUUCUGGGGACAGACCAAGACAUCCGGAGAAGCCAACAUGUACCCUAAACUUGUACAAGAUCUGUGUGGUUGGAAGAUUAGGAGCAUUGGGACUAGCAACAAGAGCAUUGUACUAGCAGCAGAUGAAAGUGUUGUCAGUUGGGGACCUUCACCUUGCUUUGGAGAGUUAGGUUAUGGAGAAACUGGCAUUAAGUCUUCUACAGUCCCUAAAGAAAUGAAACCAAUAGAAGGUAUCUAUGUCCACCAUGUUUCCUGUGGCUUCUCUCACACUCUGCUUAUUGCGCGCUGUGACACAGAGGAGGAACAGAGUGCCAUAGACAAGUUGCCAGUCUACACGCCUGGCUCAUAGCCUACCUAAUCUUUGACAUAAUACUGAAUUGCAAACAUUUGCAUGUAUAUUGAGGAAGUAUUAUAUUUCAUAGCAAAUCAUGAUAGAAUGUCUGAUGAUAAUAGAUAAGAAUGGCAGAUAAUCAUAACAUUUGUAUAAAAGGUAUUUCUUACAAUCAUUAGGCCAUGAAUGAAGAUGUAGUCGAAUCACAUUGCCACUACCAGGAGAGUUUUCUUUCAGUUUUGUUUGAGACACUUUGAUUUGUACAUUAUUUGAUGUCAACACAAUUCUUUGGCUGUUAUUUAAAACACUGGCUCAUAUUAAGAACAAGAGUAGAAAUAUAGUUUGAGUAUUUCUAUGUUAACAUUAUAAAAAGCUGAUAGCAGCCCAGGGUGAAGGUUGUACAUUAAACUCUCUGCCACAAGAUGUUAGAAGUACUAACAAGGCCUAAUCAGAAAUUUUGUUGUUUAUAUUGUUAGAACUCUGCUGGAUUAGGCUAUCCUUUGUUAUGUAUAUAAUUUAGGAGAAAUCAAAUUGGCUUACUGCUGUUGGUUUUUUUUUUAGUUGAUGAGACAUCCCAAAUAUCUUGGGUUUUUAACUUGGAGAUAUAUUUUUAUUUGACUGUUUAGGAUGUCCCUGUAUGAAUUUGUGCCUUUUGUUUGUGUGUUUGACCUGUAGCGAGACGGUCACAAUCAUGUACUACCAAAUUCUACAUACUGCACCCUCCAUUGAGUUAAAGCCCUUUUGUUGGUUUUGGCAUUUCAACCAAGUUUAUUUUUUACAAUUUGUUUGUACUGAAGUUUAUGUUAUAUUUAAAACUAUGUCUGUGUCAUUCUAAUGGAGUACAUUGGGAGCAUUAGGUCCACCUCACACUUUCCCACACACAAUUAGAUCAAGCAACGAUGACUAAAGUUGUGCCAUGAAACAAAGACAUGUCCCUCCUUUGUGUAUGAACAGUGUUUCUUGUACAGUCAUGUUAACUGCUAGGCAGCAUUUGUGUUUUUUUUUAUUGUCAGCCAAUCAUUUUGACUUUUUGUAUUUUUCUAAUUCUGGGGGAAGUUUAGGGUUACAAGGCCGUAUUUUCCCACAGAUAAAAAAAAAAAAGUCUUUUAAAUAAAUAAGGAUGAUUCCUUAUUUUGUUGUUUCUUAAUGUAAAAAGUUUAGAAGAUUUGAUAUGCUAUAUGAUAUCUUUGGAAUCAAUGACAUUUCCUUUAUUAAGAUGGUUACUAUCUUUGGAAUCAAAGACAUUGCCAUUAUUAAGCUGGUUACUAUCUUUGGAAUCAAAGACAUUGCCAUUAUUAAUUUAGUUACGAUGAGCAGACUAAACAAAUCUAGUCGCUGUAGUAAAUCUUUCCAGACCCUUUGUUUUUAACCAGAAGUCAAUAACAAAUAUGAAAAGCAAUGUCUGCAUGAUUUUCUGCAACUACUCUUAAGCAUAAUUCAAAUAGUUGUUGUUUUCACAGAUCUCUUUGGACAAAACAUAAUGUUCUAGUUCACCUUUUUUUUAGAACCAAACUGGCAAUCCUUUUGUUGUCUACUUUAAUGUAAGAAGUCUUGUAAAGGGUUGUGUAUCCGGGCUUUUAAAUAUUUUCAUGUCAAAUUUUAUUUUAUGUAAACUUUUUUUUAUUCUUCAAAUUUGAAAUCUCAUUCUUAUUGACGUGUAUAAAUUGUCAUCCACUGUUAAGUGGAUUUAUAACUUGAAUUGUUUGUUGGUCUCAUCAAUGUUCUAAAAUAAACAUCUGUUUAAUUAAUAGAA